GUUCCUGAGCAUGCAGAACUUGCCUGGAUUCUUGGGUGCUUAACUAACGUGCCACGCCUGCUACGCCUGCCCCAGUGGAAGGCGAAGCGUGCCAGCCAGAAUAACGAAGGAACUGUCGGUUUGUUGACCUAUCCUGUGCUUCAAGCAGCAGAUAUUUUGCUGUACAAGUCGACACAUGUUCCCGUUGGAGAAGAUCAAGUCCUGCACCUGGAACUAGCUCAAGAUAUAGCAAAACACUUCAACAAGAAAUACGGAGAAUUCUUUCCUGUGCCCAAAGCCAUUUUAAGUACAACAAAGAAAAUAAAGUCCCUCAGAGACCCAACAGUGAAGAUGUCCAAGUCAGACCCGCAGAAGUUAGCUACCGUUAACAUCGCGGACAGCCCUGAUGAAAUAGUGCUGAAAUUCCGCAAAGCUGUGACUGACUUUACCUCUGAAGUGACCUACGACCCGGCCGGUCGCCCUGGAGUCUCCAAUCUGGUGUCCAUUCAUGCUGCAGUAACCGGGCUUAGCAUCAAAGAAGUGCUGCGCCAGGCUGCUGGUCUCGACACUGCGCACUACAAAACGGUGGUGGCGGAGUCAGUCAUUCAAAAAUUUGCACCCAUCAGGAAUGAAAUCAAGAAACUCCAGGAAGACAAAUCCCAUCUGAUAAAGGUUUUAGAGGAUGGAGCAGAGAAAGCCAAAGAACUAGCUGCACCCAUCUAUCAAGAAAUAAGACGACUGGUGGGAUUUCAGUAG